GUCUGCGCGAGUCUUUCUUGAUUUCGAAGCAGAGCUGCUUCGUUGUCUCCGGCGAUCAGAACACUGACCCCGGCGACUUGAACUCCGUCUCUGGAAACUCAGCAGGCAUCGAUUAGAAGGUGAUCGACCUCUCUCUCUCAAUUGUUCUUGAUUUGAGAAGCGAAUGAAACAAAAAACUCAGAGUGUGCUUAGGGAAUUCUGAAGGUUUGACAAUGGAUGGGGUGGGUGAAAGCUCUUCGGUAGGAGAGAAGCCUGUGGUUGUUAGGGUUAAGCGUAAAGUAGGACAAUCUCCGCUCGAUGCUUUCUGGUUGGAGAUAAAUGAAAGACCUUUCAAACGACCCUUCCUCGACUUCUCUAAGCUAUCUUUAUCCAAUUCCGAAAAGAAAGAGGAUGUGAAGCCCAAGAAGGUGCUAGUGCGGCAUUUGGAGACCGUCACGGACUCUGAAACCACUGUUGAUAUCAUCCACUCUUUAUUUGAGUCUGAUGAUCUUGGUGAGCAGAGCUGCAGUAAAGGAAAGUUUGAGGAUCGAAAAAUUGCCUUCAAGAAAAACAACAGAAAGGAGCAGCUCUUGACAAAAGCUGUACAGCAGCAACAGACCGCUGCACAGGAUGCUCGGUUUGAGCAAAUAUGGCGGAGUAGGAAGGGAAACAAGGAAGGCAUCCAUGAUAAAGAACUUCAUGAGAGGUGUAGUUUCUACGAUGUUAUUCGUGUUGAUGCUGAAGAAAGACCAGGCGAUGGACCACCAGAGGUUGAAUCCUUGGAGGACCAGAAAAUGCUGGCUAGUUUCUUGCCUCUCCUUAGAGAAUGCAUUCCAACAGCAGCUGAAGAGAUUGAAGCUGGUAUCCAUUCCAGCCAUACCGAAGAGUAUGUUUAUGAUUUCUAUGCUGUAAACGAAGAGAUGGAUAUCAGUGAAGACAGUUCUAAGCACCAGUUUCCUCUUGUCACAGUCGAGGAGGAAGAAGAGUUCUACGAUGGACCUGAUGAUGAAUCAGACUAUGACUCUGAUGAUUCAAAUGCUGAAGAUCAUCCAAGGAAUGAUUACCCAGACGAGAUCUCUGAAGAGGAGGAGGAAGAAGAAGAAGAAGACGAUGAGGAAGAUGAAGAUGAAGAAGAGAAGAGUGAAGCCUCUGACGAUGAAUCAAAAGACAAGGAGACAUCAGAAAGACGUGUGAGAAUGGUUCUUGAUGAGGAUGAGGAGUUCUUUGAUGGUUAUGCAGAGGAGGAUGUGAAUGUUUAUGGGGAUAGCGAUGAUGAGGAGUUUGAGGACAUUAAGUGGUCUUACCGGUGAGAUUCGUAUAGCUAAUGAAGAUGCUAAUAAAAGACUUUAGUGCAAGGCUCUGUGAAUCAAAAUUGUUCAUCUACUGUUAAAACAAAACUAACCAAGUUUGGUAGAUUUCGGGGUAUUAUAAGAGAUGAAAGACUCUCGUUCAUGUUAUUCA